AAGCUCAAGGAGGGCCAGAGUGAGGAGGGCCUCGACGAGACCUUGCGCAACCAGGCCGUUGCCGCCGGAAUUGAGGUUGCUGAACUGGACAAGACUGUCGCCCAGCUCAACCGCCUGAGCAUCACCAUUUCUCCCGUUCGCCGCUCCUCGGUCUCUGGAGAUACCCAGGGCUCUUACCCGUCCGACGUCACCACCCCGGAGUCGCCAUGCGCCAACGACAGGCUCGACAGCGCCUCCUUAGCCUCGAGCGCAAUGUUUUCCACCUCACCUCCGCCUUCUACUCCUGCGAGCAAUCGUUACUCUCGCUUUUCCGGCAGUGGUUUCUCUUCGAUGCGCGCCAGUCUCAAGGACAAGCUCAGGAAGCAGUCAACGCGCCUGCGCGGAAGAUCCACAGGUCGCGAAGAUGAGUCUGCUAUAGUGUCGACUAGACAUGAGAGACCAGAAUAUUCCAAUCGUUUCAGCAGUUAUGUCGGGGGGCGCGGCAUCCAUAGAACAGUCCAAAACAGAGACGAUUCGGCCAGCUCGGCCACCGACAUUGACGUGCACUCACUUGCUUUGAUGGAUCCCUCGAGGCCUUCAAGCAGCGAUUCGCUCGUUGCUCCCCAAGCCACCCUGAAUGGAACGAUCUCGGACGCCCAGCGAACUGCGCUGAAACUCGCAAUGGAGAGCCCGAGCUUUGCAAAAAUGUGGGCUGAGUACUGCAAGAUGUUCGAGCGGAUCUCCUCCUUCGAAAUCAAACAAAGGAACCUCCUCCAGUUCUAUGAGAAAUUCUCUGAGACAACGUUAGCUAACCAAAAGCGCGAAUGGAAGGAGAUGAUAAUCCAAAAGAAACAGAACACCAAGGAGAUGGACGACGUCAAUAGGAGACAAGCAGGAGAGCAAUUCUCCCUCUUCAGAACCCAGCAAAAGGCUCAUGAAAACAGCAUGAAUGCUCUGAAGCAUAUGAAGAGAUACUGCAGCGGUUCGACAGUUGCUGAUUUGCAGAAAAGGAGAGUUACAGAAGAGGACAAGAAAAGACUCAAGGCUCAGGAAAAAGCUCACCAAGACUUGGAAGUAAAGCACCAGAACGCAAUGGUGUCUCUCGAACAGCGACAGGAAAAGGAGAAGAAGGAUAGGCUGGAGGCUCAUGAAAAAGAGUGGAAGAAAUUUGAAGAGACUACCAUGGAGGCUUCUGUUGCCUUGCGGAGGAUCUGCCGAGAUCUGGAACGUCAACUCAACGAUCUCAUCCGGACCAGGCGUCUUCGUGCGAUCCAGCGCUGGAACCUCGAUGUCCGUCUUUGGGAAAAGAACGCCCCUGAGGAUGUCGACGUUCCGUCCAUGGAGGACAUGCCCAACAUCCCCUGGCCGGACCGACUCCAGGCGGAGACAUUUGCGACUCGAUCAUCGAGCAUCUUAGACACGUACAUCACCUUCAACAACCUGCCGCCCGUUGUUUCUCUCAGGGCUUCAUCGAUGAACAACACUACCGAACAGUCGACCUGAUCACCUGCGCCCGCGCGGCGAAUGGGCAGGCUGAAAUGAAAGUCGAAACGAAAUAGCUUUGCAUAGCGACUGGAGUUUUUAUGCUGGGACAUCGGACACCCGAUUUCACGUGGCUUUUUU